CAUUUUCUUCACCAUUAAAAUUAAUCCCAAGUGUCGAAAUGCCUGUGGGUGGUCGUGUUGCUAAGAGUGGAUACUCUAAUGGAUUCAGUGGAGUUGGACGCUCUUACGGAGAUAUAAAUGAAGAGCUGUGGAUAACAUCAAUUGCAAUGGCCAUUCUAAUCCUUAUCCUAAUUGCGAUCGCUCUCUUGUACAUUCUCUAUGAAAAAUGUAACAAGAAGCGAGAAUAUUUCAUCAACGCUUGAAAUUGAAAAGAGUGUGAG